CUUUAAAAGGCAAGGGAAACAAAGCGGGAGCCAGUAUCUCUUCUUUGUUUUCCUUUACUUGAGCGCUGUGUCGAAGACGUUAUCUUCGCCAUUACUUCUUUCUUCACUUUUCUUCUCUCUCUUUGGUAGCUCCAUCUCAUUUUGAGAUCUGUGCGUUUCUUUUGUUUUUGUGAAGCCGCUUGUUCGUUUAGAGAUCAAAACUUCAACUCCGAAAGUUUGACAUGGCAGAUAUGGCCCCUGCACUUGAGACUCCAACCAAAACUUCCAUCUCUCACCCUGCACAUCCUCCUCUUAAUGAAAGGAUUCUCUCUUCAAUGACUAGGAGGUCUGUGGCUGCACACCCUUGGCAUGAUCUUGAGAUAGGUCCUGGAGCUCCAAAAAUCUUCAACUGUGUGAUUGAAAUAAGCAAAGGGAGCAAGGUGAAAUAUGAACUUGACAAGAAAACUGGGCUGAUCAAGGUUGAUCGUGUGCUUUAUUCCUCAGUUGUUUAUCCCCACAACUAUGGCUUUAUUCCACGUACCCUUUGUGAAGACAAUGAUCCGUUGGAUGUGCUGAUUAUCAUGCAGGAACCAGUUCUUCCAGGAUGCUUUCUUCGUGCUAAAGCCAUAGGUGUGAUGCCUAUGAUUGAUCAGGGUGAGAAAGAUGACAAGAUAAUUGCUGUUUGUGCUGAUGAUCCAGAGUACAAGCAUUAUAAUGAUAUCAAGGAUCUUCCACCUCAUCGAUCGGCUGAGAUCCGCCGCUUCUUUGAAGACUACAAGAAGAAUGAGAAUAAGGAAGUUGCUGUGGAUCAAUUUCUGCCAGCCGCUACUGCUUUUGACGUAGUCGAGCAUUCCAUGAAUCUUUACGCAGACUACAUUGUGGAGAGCUUGAGGCGUUAAGUCAGUUAUUUUCCGAAGUGAUUGGCAGUUGCGAGGUGUUGUAUAGACACGUCAUUCAAUGGUAACAAGAAAGCACUUCACCCUCCAUGUGCACACUUUAGUAUAUUGUGUUGGUGAAUUGGCUAUUAGUUUAUGAUAAUGAAUGAUGAUAUAUGAUGGCGAUAAUUUUGAACAGUUCUCAACUGUGAUUAUAGUCUUUCAUUGUGUGUUAAGAGAUCAUGUUUGUUAA